AUGCCCAACUGCAAAUCAAACUCGUCACAAAGCAAUCGACAAACUCAUGAUGGCGCUUUGGUUGAGUUUGAUUUUCUCGUCGGCGGAGAACUGUUACGGACACAUCUGUCUGAACAUUUAUCAGAGAGACAGGUUUCUGCCGAAGAAGUUGUCCUUGUUGAAUACGUCGAAAGGUUCCCAGCCCCAGAACCACAAGACUGCCUUGAACAUGAUGACUGGGUGUCUGCCACUCAGGCCAGUGGGGAAUGGAUUUUGUCUGGAAGCUACGACAGCACAUUACAUUUGUGGAGUCGCAAGGGAACACACCUACUAACAAUUCCAGGACACACAGGAGCCGUCAAGGCGGUAGCUUGGGUGGAAACUGCAGACAAAAUUUGUUCCUUUGUUAGUGCUUCUCAAGACCAAACUGCAAUGAUUUGGCAGUGGAAUCAGACAUCCAACUCGGUCGAGUGUGUCCACGUUUUGAGAGGACACGAUAGGGGGCUGGAGUGUCUGGCCGUUGACCCCACUCGCACUUACAUUGCCACUGCUGGCUGGGACAAGGUCAUUCACUUGUGGUCGACUGUCGAAGGACUCAGCGAGGGAGAAUCAUUUCCAAAAAAGAUUAAAUUUGAUUCCAAAUCACCUCUGAUGAGCUUCCAAGGACACAAAGAAGCCAUUUCUGCAGUGCAGUGGUCGGAGGAGGGAGAAAUGAUCAGCGCCUCUUGGGACCACACAAUCAAAACGUGGGACGCAGAGCUGGGCGGCAUCAAAGUGGAAAUCGUAGGCAACAAGAGUUUCUUUGACCUCUGUUGGUCACCGCUGACCAGAACUGCAAUCACAGCCUCUGCCGACAGACACGUCCGACUGUAUGACCCAAGAUCAACAGAGGGAACCUUGGUGAAAUCAACAUUCACUUCGCACACCGAGUGGGUGCAGUGUGUCAAAUGGUCAACGACCUCCGAGUACCACUUCAUCUCUGGCUCUUACGACAAGCAGGUUAAACUCUGGGACACGAGAAGCCCCAAGGCUCCACUUUUUGAUAUGUCUGGUCACCAGGACAAAGUUCUCUGCUGUGACUGGUCGAACCCAGAGUUGAUUCUCUCAGGGAGCUCAGAUAACUCGUUGCGGAUUUUUAAAUCUCAGCAUGCGCUGUAGCCCUGUGAUCACAGUAUUUGCUUUCAAUAUUUUCUCAAGCGGUGAAAGUAAACGAAACUACAAGAUAAUUCAAAUUUUGC